AUGGUGAGUGAUUAUGAAAAAGUAUUUCAUGAGUGGCUUGAGGAAGGAAUCAUCGAGAGGAUGUCAGACGAUAAGGUGAAAAAUCCUGGACAUUAUCUUCCCCAUCGACCAGUUAUCAAGGAAAAUAGCACUACAAGAACCAGGCCAGUGUUCGACGCUUCAGCGAGAGGAAAACCCGGAUCUUCACUCAAUGAAUGUCUCCAGACAGGGCCAAACCUUAUCGUGCUCAUCCUGUCCCUGCUCAUGCGCUUCAGAGAAAAAUGGAUUGGCGUCAUCGCAGAUAUACGCAAGGCAUUCCUGCAAAUUAGUGUUGAUCCUGAGGACAGAGACUCCCGGAGAUUUUUGUAG